CGUUACUCCAGCAUUUUGUGUCUACCUUUGGGUUAACCUACAAACCUGUACGUCUUUGGAGCGUGGGAGGAAACCCGGAGCUCCCGGAGAAAACCCACGUAGGUCACGGGGAGAAUGUGCAAACUCCAUACAGACAGCACCCGUAAUCAGGAUCGAACUCGGGUUUCUGGCGCUGUAAGGCAGCAGCUCCACUGUGUACCUCAGUACACGUGACAACAAACUAAACUGAAGUCUGAGAUACCAUUUACAUUUGUUGGACCUACAAGAACUUAGGAUGUUCUGAAAAGAUUGGCUUUUCCUGGCAAAUGCUUACUCAUCCAUCAAUGUUACUGAAACAUGUGCUUUGGCUGUGACCACAUUGUGGAAGUUGCUGGGGGCUUUUUGGGCUCUUCCUAGAUUGCAACAUAAAGGCUACAUCUUCUCUUGCUGUGAGGAACUAUUCAUUUCGCAAGCCAAUGCAGCAAGGAGCAACUCCACGCUCCAAGCCUGUUUGUCUGUUGACUCCCUAUUUUUGAGUAACCACAAGAUCACACAUUAAUUAUGAAACCAUUUCUCAAUCAUAAAUCUUUUUUUUUUUUAAACUCACGUUAGAUAUUUCUCGGCAUUAUCCCUUUACAUCAAAGUCUUAAUAAACAUGAGUCUACACCCUGAGGUAGACACAAAAUGCUGGAGAAACUCAGCGGGUGAGGCAGCAUCUAUGAAGAGGUCUACACUCUGACUUCUCUUCCCCAUAGCACAGGAAAUUCUGAUAAUAGAGACAAAGGAGGCUUAGAUUAGUUUAGGAACCAGGCCCUUCUUCGCACUGACCAGAAAUCCCCGUACACCAGCAUUACCCAACACACGAGAGGCAACUUACAAUUUUUAUCGAAGCCAAUUAACCGGCAAACCUGUACGUCUGGAGUGUGGGAUGAAACCGGAGCACCCGGAGAAAACCCACAAGGUCACAGGAGGAAUGGACAAACUACACGCAGACAGCACCCGUGGUUAGGGUGGAAUCUGGUAUCUCUGGUGCUGCAAGGCAGCAAACAAAGAUCAUAGAGCAGAAGGUGACUCCGGACUGUCAAAGCCACCACAACCAGGCAUAAAAACAGCUUUUUUUCCCACGAAUAGUAGCUCUACUCAUCACCAAAAGUGCAGAAACUGGCCCUUCAGCCCACCAAAUCUUGAGCUGUAUUUUGUUUCAUUCUUCACAUGUGUAAAUUAUAAUGUUUUAUUUUAAAUUGUCUAGUACUGUAUAUUGUGUUGUUACUUGCGACCAAAUUACCAGGGCAAAUUCCUUGUAUGUGUAUAUACUGGGGUCAAAAAAAAAUUAAUUCAUAGGUCUUAAAAUCUUUAAUAGGAGGAAAAAAUGAAGUGAAGAACGACAUUCAGGGAAGCAUCUCCUUGAUGCAGUGGUUGUGGUGAAGCUGUGUGAGGCCGUGGGGACACUGAUGUGAAUUCCACACCAGCCGCCUUUUGCCACCAAAGUAAAGCCCCACCCAAGCUGGGAAACAAGGUGUGGAUUCCUAUCACACCGACCAUCACAAUGUUUCAGAAGCAUCUGGAUGAGCACUUGAACUGCCAAAGAAAAGUGGAUUACUGAUCCAGGGACUCAUAGUCACACAGCACGGAAUAUGUAGGAAGGAACUGCUGAUCCCACUCUCUCUGUUCCUCCCCUACCCUAGUUCUCCGACUAGUUUCACUCUCCCUGAUUAAUUUUAUUGAUUGUAUGCCUCGUUGUCACCUUCCCCUCAGCAGUGAACCAUUCACUUUGAUCUGUCUUUUCCACACCUUACCCUUCCAUAUCUCUAGUCUCCCUCUCCCCUGACUCUCAGUCUGAAGAAGAGUCUCGACCCAAAAUGUCGCCCGUUUCUUCUUUCCAGGGAUGCUGCUUGUCCCGCUGAGUUACUCCAGCAUUUUGUGUCUAUCAUACAGCACAGGAACGGGGUCUUCAGCCCAACUUGCCAAUACUGACCCAGUUGCCCCAUCUACACUAGUCCCACCUGCUCCCACUUUGACAGUGUCGUCUGGCCAGUGUCCUUUGACAGCUCGUUCCAUAUACCCUCUGUGUGAGAAAAUUGCCUCUCGCAUUCGUAUUAAAUCUUUCCCCUCUCACUUUAAACGUAUGUUCCCUGGUUCUUGUUCCCCAACUCUGGGUAAAAGACUCUGUGAAUUUACACUAUCCAUUUCCUUCAAAAUCAUACACACCUUUAUAACAUCACCCCUCAUCCUCCUAACCUGCCCAACCUCACCCCACAGCUCAGGCCCUCAUCUCCUGGUCUACUCUCUGCACUCAUUCCAGCUUUAACAACAUCCUUCCUAAAGCAGGGUGACCAAAACUUAAAACCAUACUCCAAAUGCAGCCUCACCAGUAUCUUGUACAACUGUAACACAACAUCCCAACUUCCAUAUUCAAUACCCUGACUGAUGAAGGCAAUGUACCGAAAGCUUUCUUCACCAUCCUAGCAACCUGUGACACGCGUUUCUAGGUACAAUAUACCUGCACUCAUAGAUCUCUCUGCUCGGUGACACGUCCCAGGGCUCAACCCUUUACUGUGAUCAUCCUGCCUUGGUUUGACUUCCCAAAAUGUAGCACUAAUCUACAUUCAACCCCAUUAACCAUUCCUCAGCCCACUUGCCCAACUGACAAUAGACAAUAGAUGCAGGAGUAGGCCAUUUGGCCCUUUAAGCCAGCACCGCCAUUCAAUGUGAUCAUGGCUGAUCAUCCCCAAUCAGUACCCCUUUCCUGCCUUCUCCCCAUAUCUCCUGACUACGCUAUUUUUAAGAGUCCUAUCUAGCUCUCUCUUGAAACUGAUCAAAGUCCUGCUGUAAUUUUUGGUAAUCAUCUUCGCUAUCUUUGAUACCAGCUAGUUUAAUUGUCAGUUAUAAGUUACUAAUUAUGCCUUGUACAUUCUCAUCCAAAUUGUGACUACAAACCACAACCAGCAAUGGGCCUAGCACCAAUCCCUGAGGCAAUCGCAUAGCCUCCAGUCCGAAAAACAACCUUCCACCAACACCCUAUAUACAUAAAUAUAAUGGGCGGUUUUCCAAAUGGUUAUUGAUUUGACUGGGGUUGGGAUAAGCAGCUGCGUGUCUCGGAGGUAGACACAUCCUUGUUCUUUAAAAUGGGUUUUUUCCGUACACGUGGGAAAAUAGGCAGGGUUUGGGGUUAAACUCUUCCCGGUACCUGUGGCAGAGUAGCACCCAGUGCCAACAUACAUUGUUUGUACUGAAGUCUCCAGACAGCAUUGACUGAUUCACUGCUACCUGAAAUGAGGCAAACGUGACACAGUAAACAGCUAAUAAAUCUAUAUCAUGUUUUGUUUUUUAACACUAAAAUCCCCUCCGCAGAGUCUUGCAGACGGUUGUGAAGGAAUUGAACCAGGGGGGUGUCAAUGGGGGGGUUGCUUUUCGUGUAGGUCGGAGCUCAGCUGGAAGGCUUGGCUGGCGGCGGAUGACGUCGCGUUUGUUUACCCGGGGCGGCUUGUUGCAGCAGCGGCAGCGGCAGGGUCGAGAGGACGGGGCUGGAGGGAGCGGCAAUGCAGGAGGUUGUGGCCGGGUUGUGAUGAAUAAGGAGCGGCGGCCAAAGUGACCGGUGGCAGCAGCAGCAGCGGCCACUUCCUGGUUGGACCUUUGUGUGGGCUGGCAGCGCGCUCGCCAUUGGUGGAGGCGGCGGCAAAGUGAUACAUUCUCCGGCCGAUGUAGCAGUUUGCGGUGUCUCCGCUCCAACACAACAUCAUCGCUGCUGCUUCCAGCACCACCACCACCACCACCACCAGUCCGCUUCCUCCCUAACCCCCGUGGGCAUGGCUUCUUCCCACUGCCCCGAGAACGCUGCAGCCCACACACAGGAAGCCUGAAGCCCGAUCCCAGUGCAAUGCGGGCACACCAGUCCACAUUACACGGCGGCGGCGGCGGCUCCACCAUCUUCACCAUCAUGCCAACCCGAUCCCGUUCAGCCUGGACUUUACUACUGCACGUCUUUCUCCUCAGCUCCCCGGUGCCCACGGGGGUCCUGGGACAAGAGAUUAUCCAAGUCAAGGGUGUUUUCGACAGAGUCUAUCUGGUGGUUGUCAACAACAGCGUGCAGAAGAUAUUCGCUUUCAAUCACACGGUUUCCCGGGACAAGACAGAGGGGGUGCGUGUCCAUGUUAACGUUCUCUCCGAACAAGCCAAAAACCCUGUGCUCUUCGUGAUCCGGCAGCAGAAAGCGGUGGUCUCCUUCCAAGCACCACUCAUGCUCAGGGGACUGUACCAGAGGAAAUACAUCUACCAGGAUGUGAGUCGCACACUUUGCCAAUCGGAGGUGAAGAGUGAAUUGCAGAUGCAGUACUUCUAUGUGGAUGUCUCCACCCUGUCGGAAAAGAACGCCUCUGUCCAGCUCUACGUCAAACGCAUCAAGCACUUCAUCCUCGGAACUGCAGAACCGUUCAAGUUUAACGCAACACCGUCUCAGCCGCAGUACUUUAGGUACACGUUUUCUGAUGGCGAGGAGUCCGUAAUCGUGAAAGUGACCUCGGAUUCCGUGUUUCCCUGCUCCGUCCUCUCCAUUCAGGAUGUUCUGUGUCCUGUCAAUGACCUGGACAACAAUGUGGCGUUUAGUGGUACCUAUCAAACCAUGACCAAGAAAGGAGCCAUAACCAUACAGCGGAAGGAUUUCCGAAACAGCAGUUUUUACGUGGUGGUGGUGGUGAAGACGGAGGACGAGGCGUGUGGAGGGGCCCUGCCCUAUUACCCCUUGAAAGAAGAUGAGCCAAUGGGUUUGGGAAAUCGGAGCAAGAUUCUGACAGUAACUGUGGUGCCAGCUGUGAAUUCUCUGGCCUACGUCAACGGGGUGCUCUUCAGCCUGGGGAUUUUCCUGGCGUUUUACCUGCUCACACUGCUCAUCGCUUGCUGGGAGCACAGCAGGCAACAAAACAAAAGGGAGAGACUUCUGGGCAAAAUGUCACCUCCGGAUCAGUGUGGAGGUGGUUACAAUUCCCAGAGUCCCGACCUCUACACUGGAAGUCCAGCAUGUCCGAGCUACGGAUCCUGUGAGAAUGGUUCCACUCUUGGCUCUGAGGCCAUUACAGACAGCAUGGAGUCCGAUUCUACGUACGGCUACAUGGAGCGCCCCCUGGAGAACGUGAUCCGCCCACGCCUCGAUUCCCUCAGCUCCAUCGAGGAAGACGAGUACGACACACUGGCGGACAUCGACUCCGACAAAAACGUCAUCAGAACCAAGAAGUUUCUGUACGUCUCCGACCUUUCCCGGAAGGACAAGCGUGUCCUCAGUAAAAAGUACAAGAUCUACUUCUGGAACAUUGCGACGAUCGCGGUUUUCUACGCCUUGCCGGUGAUUCAGCUGGUGAUCACGUAUCAGACGGUUUUCAAUAUCACAGGGAAUCAGGAUAUCUGUUACUACAACUUCUUGUGUGCUCAUCCCUUGGGUGUGCUGAGUGCAUUCAAUAAUAUCCUGAGUAACCUUGGUUACCUGAUGCUGGGCCUGCUGUUCCUUCUCAUUGUUCUGCAGCGUGAAAUCCUGCACAAACGAGCCCUGAUGCGGAACGACGUCUGUGCCCUGGAAUGUGGAAUCCCAAAACACUUUGGGUUAUUUUACGCGAUGGGGACGGCGUUGAUGAUGGAGGGCCUCCUCAGUGCCUGCUACCAUGUCUGCCCAAACUACACCAAUUUCCAGUUUGACACGUCCUUCAUGUACAUGAUAGCCGGCCUUUGCAUGCUGAAACUCUACCAGAAGCGUCACCCAGAUAUCAACGCCAGUGCCUACUCUGCCUACGCCAGCCUUGCCUUGGUCAUCUUCAUCUCCGUGUUGGGAGUGGUCAUUGGAAAGGAUUACAUUGUAUUCUGGGCAGUUUUCUCCUUCAUUCACAUAUUGGCCACACUGCUGCUCAGCAUACAGCUCUAUUACGUGGGUCGCUGGAAACUGGAUGUAGGGAUAUGCAGAAGGAUUAUUCGUGUAAUUUAUUCUGACCACAUCAGGCAAUGCAGUGGACCUGCUUAUAUAGAUCGGAUGGUGUUGCUGAUCAUGGGGAACAUUGUGAACUGGUCAUUAGCUGCAUACGGACUUAUUCUGAGGCCGAAGGAUUUUGCCUCCUACUUGCUGGCAAUUGGGAUCUGCAACCUGCUGCUGUAUUUUGCAUUUUACAUCAUCAUGAAGUUGCGGAGUGGUGAACGGAUUCGAGCCAUUCCACUGAUCUGCAUCAUCUGUACGGCGGUGGUCUGGGGAUUCGCUCUCUUCUUCUUCUUCCAGGGUCUCAGCACAUGGCAGAAAACGCCGGCAGAAUCCCGGGAGCACAACAGAGACUGCAUCCUGCUCGAAUUCUUUGACGAUCAUGACAUUUGGCAUUUUUUGUCCUCCAUAGCACUAUUCGGAUCUUUCCUUAUCUUGCUGACCCUAGAUGAAGACUUGGAUGGGGUACCGAGGGACAAAAUCUACGUGUUCUAAGGGCUGGAGGAGCUGAUGUACAGGAACAGGGACUGCACUGCAGACGUGAUGCCUCCAUCACUUGCGGCACCUUCCUCCGGAGGCAAGGGGGUGGGGGGUGGGGACAGGACCUGCAGGGCCGUUGCCAGCAAGUUGAGGAGGCGCUGGGGCCAGUUGCUUUGUGCUAGCCCAUGACUGCUGCCUUGCCGCAGAGCCUCCAGGAGGAGGGCAUGGAGCGAAGACGGUGGCUUGGCUUUGUCCAAUGUUGAUUGGCCCUGCGAUUGUUCCAGACCCAGCAUCAUCUCCAUCUUGCCUCCCAAUGUUACUUGUCUAAGAGGCUGCUCAUGUUCGAAGAAGCCGGAUAAAACGGCGGCAAAAAUGGAAAAUGAUUCUUCAGUGGCGACCCUUCUCUCCCCACUUGUAUCAGUCCUAACCAAAGCCGCACAGCCGAGAGGAGAGAAUGAUAUCAGAAGAAGAAGAUAUCCCUGGUUUUAAAAACAAAAUAGCCUUGUUGGUGCCGUGCCACAGCCUCGCGAAUGGAAAACCGCGCAGGUGAAGCGUUUGCGGAAACGUAGACUGGGUUAGGUUGUGGGAUCGGCGUUGGACCCGCCCCGGCGUUGGACCCAGCCCCGCGGAGCUCAUGCAUUAAGCCCAACCCAAGGGGUGGUCUUUGAGUUCCCGGUGACCAACCUGUGGGGCAACAUUGGCUUUCAAAGCGCCAAUAAAACUUGUUUGUUGGCUAGGACGUUGGUUUAGCCAACGCAUGGGCCCCAGCUAUGCCUGCAGAAAAUGAAGGCCGAGAUCCGUACCUCUAAGCCAAACUAAGAUGGUGGACCUCUGUUGGCCAGGAGAUCGUAGGUAAAAGUCGACUGAAUCUUGCACUGGUUCCUGAAUCAUGUCAAAAGGAACGUGUCAGAAUGAAACAAUGACAAACUUGAUCUAAACGUUGGUGCUUAUCCACCCUGCUGGUUGAAGUUUGGCGUUAGGUUGCACUGAAGUGGCCCCCACUUGUGUUCAGUUCACAGACACUGCAAGCAACACUUAGAUUAUGUUUGGUAUCUGCACCAUGCACAACUUGCCCUAAAAACCGAUCCCUGGCUGGUAGUUCUACACAGUUGCAGGACGGGAGGGCAGAGUAUAAUAUGUCUCUAUGCUGUAUGUCCCUGCUAUAAACCAGGGCUGAAUUUCAAGGGAAUUUUACUUUUGCUGGGUGUAAUAUGAAAAUAUUAUUUCCUCUACGUUUUACUGUAGAAUAUCUCCCCCCCACCCCCCACCCCGUUGAAGAACCUUCCCCAGCAUGGGAUCAGUAUUCAGGACUAUGUUUUACAUUGUAAGCUGCUUUCAUUGUUUGACCACGGGUUAACACUUGCCUACUUCUGUUGCGUUGACUUGGUGGUUUAAUCCAAGAUGUGUCUUCUGUUUAAAGUGCUCAGGUUAAUUUUCGCGGGGAGUUUGAGUAGGUUUUCCCGGUACUUCUCUCCAAGUUAGCCGCCCGUAUCCGCACGGUAUUACACGGGCGGUAUCUCCAGUUGUCACUUCCAUGCAUUAGACUUUCAACGUGCCGUGUCUGUGCUCCCACUCACAAACGUUGCCUAUUUCCUUCGCUCCAUAGAUGCUGCUGCACCCGCUGAGUUUCUCCAGCACUUUUGUCUAGCUUCCCACUCACAAAGACGUCUCUGAGCAGCGGAGAGAGACACAAAAUGCUGGAGCAACUCAGCGGGACAGGUAGCAUCUCUGGAGAAAAGGAAUGGGUGACGUUUCGGGUCGAGACCCUUCUUCAGACUGAGAGUCAGGGGAGAGGGAGUCCAGAGAUAUGGAAGGGUAAGGUGUGAAAAUGACAGAUCAGAGCAGACAAAGAUAAGGAAAUGUAGAAUGUUUCAUUGUUGGCUGAGGUCAAGGUGACAAGGGCUCGUACAAUCAGUAAAAUUAAUCAGGACUGUGAAACUAGUAGAAGAACUGGGGUGGGGAGGGACGGAGAGAGAGGGAAAACAAGGGUUACUUGAAGUUAGACAAAUCAACAUUCAUACCACUGGGUUGUAAGAUAGACACAGCAAGCUGGAGCAACUCAGCGGGACUGGCAGCAUCUAUGGAGAGAAGGAAUGGGUGACGUUUUGGGUCCAGACCCUUCUUCAGACUGGCUGCCCAAGCAAAAUAGGAGGUGCUGUUCCUUUAAUUUGUGUUGGGCCUCACUUGACAGUAGCUGUUUGGCAUUCAUGGGCAUACAGUCAUGCCAGGUAUGUGCCUGAUAACUGCAUGGAUGCAGCUUAACCCACAGGGCUCAUUUCGAUUAGAGACGCCAGCAAUGACAGUGUCCGACUGAAGGCUGCACUGGUUGGGAAAGUGAUAUCUAGCUUCCUUGAUGUGUGGGAUGUAUCAUUUAUUUUUGUUUUGUAUUGUAACUAUUCUUUGUGGGGCAAAGGUACGAUUUUGCAUGAAAUCCCACCAAUGGCAACACUUACUUACAAGGUGUACAAUUUACCAUCCAAAGACCAAAUGGUUUGCAAGACAGCACAAGUGCCAUUGUCUGCGUUUCGAUUGUUUGCAGCGCACAGUUAGAGACAUAAUACAUAAAAUACAUGGGGACGGAGUCUUGGGGAAUGACCCUUCCAGCGUUGCUUCUCAGAACAGCAACUAUAGAUAAUAUAGUCUUCUUCUUGCGUAUGGCGUGCACAGCCUAAAGUUGUAGGACAACUUGUUCUAUUUGAUCUUAUUUGAUUGUGCACGCCAGGUUGAUUGCAUUCGUCGAAACAGGGCGGACCACGUGAAGGUUGCAAUCUCCUACCCCAGGUGUAGUUAAGUCCUAUGACUAGAGGUCAGCCCGUUAUUAAUUGGAUAGCCAGAAUUUAGUAGGCUGUGGACAUUAUUUGAUGAUGUAGAUGGAAUACCACGGCAUCAAAUCUCCGUCCUAUAGUUGGUGUUGGAAUGAUGAUGUGCCUGAACUACUUGUAGAAAAUUCUGAUUUUGGCUGGCUCAGGGAAUUGUUCAAGAUUUUGGGUACGUUUAUUUUUUAAGAAGAUACUUUGAGUUAAUUACCAAUUUUUUUUUUUUUUUGGCAACAUUGCAUUUGCAGAGGCCCCUGUUGACGUCUUCAUUUCACUGGCAUCGUGUGUGAAGAGUUUGGAGGGGCAGUGGGUUCACAGGGUGUAGAUGAGUGAGAGGGUGUUGGCAUUGGGAGUGGGGUGUCUUUACCACUAGGUGGUGCUGCUCAACCUUUGUCUGAGCUGGAGAGAGAUGGUCAAAGCAAGAUAUUCCAUUGUACCCGUAACUAACGCCAACCUGUGCAUCUGACAAUAACUCAACUUGACUUGACGAAAGUCUUAUUUCUGAUGUUCAUAUGAAUGGGAUCAUAUCAGGGAUAAAGGGAUCAGGGGGUAUGGAGAGAAGGUAGGUACGGGACACUGAGUUGGGUGAUCAGCCAUGACCAUAUUGAAUGGCGGUGCAGACUCGAAGGGCCGAAUGGCCUACUCCUGCACCUAAUUUCUAUGUUUCUAUGAAUGAGUGGCCCAUUCAGUUUGUGGG